AGCGCUCGCACGAGAAUGUUCUCGGAGGCGAACUUAUAAAUACGUGAGAUUUAUGCACCCAGAGACUAGGCAGCGGAACUAACAAACGAACGGGAAGUUAUGGUAUUGCGAGCGAAGCGUGCUUGGAUAUUUGCGGAAAUUCGCUUUCUUAUACAUAGACUUCUUUGGAUUGAACUUGGACGAAAUAAAUCUCGAGCAACAAUAUAUAUGAGGUUUAAGCCAUGGCGCAAGCAAAUCUAGAGCAGCAGCAGCAGCAGAAGCAGCUCGACUUGCUAGGCCCGGCCUAUGCGCUAGAAUGGACAGAAAGUCAGAGCCGCUGCUCCCGGCGGGACUUUAGAAGUGCUGAAGAGCUGCGCACUGAUAUUCAGCAUCACGGAAAAGAACCGCAGAAAUCUAAGCCCCGACACCGGCUCCUGGUCCUCCAUGGGUUCCCUGUGGACUAUGUCCAGGUGUUAAGGGACCUGCUGGAUAUCGACACGGGCUUUAUCGACGCACAUAUUAGUAGGCUGAGCUAUAGGCCGUUGGUAAGGCGGAGGCGGGACCACGGGGCUAUUCAUUUCGAGUAUCCAGAGUUGUUUACAACGCCGAGGGAGUUUGCCACAGAUAUUGAGAGGGUCACAGCAGUGAAUGGUUUUCGUACUAGAGGUAAUGAUAACGCUGGAGAACCGCCUCUGCACACCAUCUCAGACAACGGAGAAGAGGUAUUAUUCUGUCGCGCCUCGUUAUGGCAGUGUGCUAAAACCAAUGUUCUUCUGUUGGACAGUCCGGCAUGGACUCGGGGACGUCGUCCUUUGGACCCAGGUCAAGUUAUCGCAACUACCGGCCUGGCAGACGGAGUUAUGUCGAGUUUUGAGUCGCUCCUCUACCAUAGUUUGGCGGAGGAGUGGCACGAUAACUCCUACGAGGACGUAGAUAUACGUGCUCUCGUACAAGACAUCGCCGUGCACAAAUGGACCGAAUUCUUCGAUAUGGUUUCUUCGAAUACAACCCUCGGUAUGCAUCAGAUGACGGCGCUCUACUGGCAAGUACAGGAGAGUCUAGAAAGAAACCUGAGCAGCGCCGAGCUCUACGAGAGAUUACUCCAGGCUACAAACUCUCCAUGUUCAACCUCCUAUUCCUCUAAAUCGGACUGGGAAUUCCUCCUCUCCCGCCUUAAUAGACAUGUCUCGUUACUGAACCACCUUGCCCCUAUUUCCGCACCUAGUCUUAACCCCAGUCCCGUUGUCCCCGGUAGCAUCCCACCUCCUCCACCGGGGAAGCAGCCCCUUACUACAAGAGGUAUUCCCCCAUCAGAAAUGAUCCCCGGUCGCCAUCGCACCCGCAGCGGCAACAACUCCAGUGCCGACGAACAGAACAAGCACGCGCUAGACCGCGUCUCGUACAUGGGCGGCAUCCUACUCCCACUAUCCAUCGUUUCCAGCAUCCUAUCUAUGAGCGACCCGUUCGGUCCUACGGGGCCUAUGUUCUACGUCUUCUGGGCGGCGGCCGUGCCUCUAGUCUUCGUCGCCAUCCUAAUCAUCUACGCUGAUUCGAUCCGCAAGGCCGAGGUAUGGAUCGAGGUCGCGAGUAACGGUAGUAGCACCGGCGUUGGCGAGACUAGCGAAGAGAAACCUGGGUCCGAUCUUGAAGGUCAGGCUUUGCCGUAUAAUGGGUUUGGGAUCGCGGCGCUGGGAAGGAGGGAAGAACAAGAGGAGGAGGAGGCAAUGGGGACAGAUUCGUUUGAUGAGCCAGCUAUGAUGGUGGAGAAGCUAUUCAAAGAUGCUGGGAGUAGGAAGUGGAAGAGAGAGCAGCUUGGUUGGGGUGGCGCAUGUAAGACUGCGUUGCGAAUUUAUAAGCUCAAGAGAGGGAAACCACCUGGCUGGGUUAGGCAUGGAAGGACAAUUUAAGGACACGGACUAAUAUUGGAAUAAUAUACAACAUUAUAUUAAAACAU